AUGCCUCACCAAUCCUCUUCCGUCGUCCCGCCUCUCCAGGCCUCGACCCCCACCAUCUCAAAUGGCAGCGAUCCCGCCGACAACGCCGCGUACACAUCAAGCACCACGUCUGAUUGCCAAGACUACAACCAAGCCCCCCAAAGUGGAAAGGGCUACAAUAACACCUGCUGGUGCAUCUAUUGCCUACAGCCGCAAGUCAAAGCCGACAUGGCUUACACCCUCGACCUUCAGCACCCUUCUUUGCUUCGAGGCAGCACCAACGCCGACGUCGACGUCGACGUGAGAGCUGCAACACCUACAGCUACAACACCCGAGGAGGAAGAAAAUAAAAUGGACGAGACAGUGCAGGAGAAGGCCCAAAGGUUUUUGAAGGCCGCACCUGCGGGAAUAAGCCCGAGCCUGCGGGCAUUGAUGGAGAAGGUGGCGAGGGGGGAGAAAGUUGAGGAGGAGAAAAUUGAGGAGGAUGAGGAGGAGGAAGAAGAGGAGGAGGAAGAAGAGGAGGAGGAAGAAGAGGAGGAGGAAGAAGAGGAGGAGGAAGAGGAUAAACCGAGUGGGGAUGAAUUAACAUUAGAGGAAAAGGCCCAAAGGUUUUUGAGGAACGCACCUGCGUGGAUAAGCCCGAGCCUGCGGGCAACGAUGGAGAAGGUGGCGAGGGGGGAGUGGAAUCCGGAUGAGGAGGAGUCUGAGGAUGAAGAAGAGGAGGAGGAAGAAGAGCAGGAGGAAGAAGAGGAGGAGAAGGAUAAGCCGGAUGGGGAUAAAUUGGAUGAAACAUUGGAGGAAAAGGCCCAAAGGUUUUUGAAGAACGCACCUGCGGGAAUUAGCCCGAGCCUGCGGGCAACGAUGGAGAGGAAUUUUCCUUCUACUGUCCCCGAGUUUCAAGCCGCACGAACGACAUCCUCCGUCCGCAUCCUCCUUAGCAGUGUCCGUCGUUCCCAACAUCCAGACUUCCGAAUCAGCCCCAACACUAUAAGGAUGAUCAGUGAAACCAAAAACUCCAAUGACAGCGAGUACGUCAUGGGGAGGUGUCCGGUGGAAAGGAUAUGGUUCUGGUUCGAGGUUGCUUCCGUCGUUGGUGGUCAUGUUGGUGUGCGACCCGGUGGAGUCCCGAGCAUUUGACAUGGUGAUGAUGGUGGAGAUCAGGUGUGUGGACUGGAAUGGAAAGGCCGGAAGGCCCACAACAAGGAUGGAGGUGAGAAAAAAGGAGAUGAUUGAUGACAGCCCAGAAGACUUGGAACCUGAG